AGUUCUUGCACAUCACAAACUGAAUGCACAAAGGGAAUAUUUUUUAAGUUAUACAAAAUAGUUUUGGUUAAUAUGUUGGAGAUGUUUGAGUACAGUCAUUACCAGGUGCAAACAUACCUGGAGAAUCCAUCGAAGUAUCACCUCCAGCAGACUCAGAGGCAGCAGGUGAAACAUUACCUGUCUAGCGCGUUAGGAGCCAAGCUCAGCCCGCAGGCCAGCACAGGGCCCAGCCCCAGCCAGCCCUCAGAGCACGGCAUGCCCCCUGGACCAGGAACCAGUGCUCCCAAUAGCCCUAUGGCCCUUCUCACCCUCAACUGUGAGAAAGAGAUGGACGAUGUAAUUGAAGACAUAAUCAGUUUGGAAUCAAGCUAUAGUGAUGAUAUUCUUGGAUUCAUGGAUGCUGGACUUCAAAUGACGAAUACGAUUCCAGUGUCAGCAAACAUGUUGGAUAUGUACAGCAAUCAUCCUCUUGCUCCAGGUGGGGUUCCCAUUAAUAACUCCUGUUCAUCUAACCUGCCGGCCGUCAAAAGGGAAUUAUCCGCUACCCCAGCACCUGGCAUGAUGCACAUAAUGGAGAAGCCUGCACCAUGUGGCAAUUUUGACUCUUAUCAAAUGCCUGAAGGCUUUCCAGUAGAAGCUGAGGUCAGAGCUUUGGCAAAGGAGAGACAAAAGAAGGACAACCACAACCUAAUUGAAAGAAGGCGGCGUUUUAAUAUAAACGACAGAAUUAAAGAGCUGGGGACAUUAAUCCCCAAGUCAAAUGACCCAGACAUGAGGUGGAAUAAGGGGACAAUUCUAAAGGCUUCAGUGGAUUAUAUAAGGAGACUACAAAAAGAGCAACAGAGAGCAAAAGAACUAGAGAACCGCCAGAAGAGAAUGGAACAUGCGAACAGACAUCUUUUGCUUCGAAUUCAGGAGCUCGAGAUCCAGGCCCGCGCUCACGGACUCACUGUGGUGGCCUCUACCCCUCUCUAUUCCUCUGACCUUGUAGCUCAAGCGAUCAAGCGGGAGCCCAGUAUGGGCGACUGCUCCUCGGAUCUCUACACCCACCUCCCCAGUCCUGACAUGUCCCGCACCACCACUCUGGACCUGAACAACGGCACCAUCAGCUACAACGAGGAGGGGGAACCCAGAGUUUACGACAGCCCCAACAAGGCCUCCAACAAGCUGGAGGACAUGCUAAUGGACAACACUUUGUCUCCCGUGUGCACCAAUGACCCCCUCCUCUCCUCCGGCUCUCCCGUCCCCUCCAACUGCAGCAGCAGUAUGGAUGAACACGACAACGACUGUUAGCGUUGUGAACGAAACUGGCAGAACCAAAGUUAGACGAUUAGCUUUAUAUAAUGAAAUUUUACAUGUGAGUAAGUGAUUUACGGUCUAUUUGCAGUUUGUUUUCGUUUUUAGUCCAAAUGCUGUUUUUAAGAAUGCAUUUUUUUAUACAUUUUAUAAUUUUGAAGUGUAGUAGUUCAGAACGAUUGAUUUCAACAGUUUUUGAUUCAUGAAGGAUUUCUUGUUAACAUGCUUUUAAGACAGCUAAAGUGGAAUUCCACCAUUACAACAAUGACUAUAGUAUCAAAGCAAACUGUUUUUAGAGCGUUGGCUUGCUAGAGUGUUGCUCAAAUGAAGUUAGUGCAAUGGGGUGCGCUAAUUGUCAAAAAUUAGAUCCCAGCCACUGCUAUUGAUAACACUAAUGAGCCUUAGCAAGUAGUACACAAAACAGUUUAACCAAAGCACUACCACGGGGGAUUCAAAACAUCCUCACAUGCAGCUGUUGAGUUACGCACAAAAUCAAAAUGGGUUCAAUUUUGGGGUGUACCUCUGCAGGAGGAAAGUUAUUUGGCAAGUGUAGUAGAUGUGUUGAAUGUACCUUAUUGUUCCAAAUAACAGACAAUUCUUUUUUUCUUGGAAAUGCAUCUUAAAAAAAAACAAAAUAUGCAAUAUGAAGGUUAUUUUUAGGGAAAUUCUUGUAGACGGUUUCAAAGUGACAACAAACGUUACUGCGCACGUGCAGUGGACUGCCCUUAACCUCAGGUACACAUUCACAAACAAUAGAAAGCCUGUAGUAGAUUAUUUCUGAUAACAUGCAAAAGAAACCUUGGGUACUUACUUGGGUAAACUUGUCUCUCAGAUAUUUGGAAUUUAGACUGCGAUACCAACCUCAACCGCUAGAUGUCAAUGUACCCCACGGUUACUUUAAAUGCGACCACACUACAGGACCCUUUCAACCAAUUGUUUAUUUAAAUUAAAGAACAUACACAAAGUUCAACAAGUUAUUUAUAUUAUACAAUUAUUAUACAACUAAAUAAUAAUAUAAAUUAAUAUAAACAUGAAUUAAAUAAAAAAUAAAUAGUUACUGUACAUUAUUAGCCACAGACCGGAAAUGAACUGCAGUCUGCAGUAUAUUAUAUAUAUUAUUUUUUCGUCCUAUUCGGAACAAUAAGGUAAUUUACUUUAUAAACGUUUACAUAACACUGAGAAAAAAUUACAACAAUCUUUAUUGUCAAUAAAAAAGAAGUCUAAUAGUAGUUUAGGGCAUAAACAUCUCUAUUAACUAUUUUAAAUGGUCACCAUCUUAUGUCACCACAUUACCCUUUCUUUAAAAAUGAGUAACCAUGUUACAAAAUGAGUCAUAUUGACUAUAUCUGACAUCUUUAUGCUUAAGAUUGAUCAUUUAACUGUACAUUAUGGGGCAGAUUUCCAUUAAAAUACAUCAGUUCCAUUGUGCUGUCGCAAAAUGCACAGAAGUAAUGUUUUUUUUUUUGUAAGGCAUGUUUGUAAAAACUACAUCAAUGUCUUAUUGAAUUUAAGCCUAUAGUCCUGGCUUAAUCUAAUCCUCGCCCUGGUAUCUGCCCCUAAGAGACAAAGCAGUUGGA